AUGUCGCAGCAUACCCAGAACAUCCUGCAGCAUUCGACUGCCUCGCUCCACUAUUUUGUGCUGUGGAUGGGAAACGGCCACAGGUCAACGAGCUUCAUCCGCCUGUGGGAGUUCCCUGAGUCCACACCAGCCGACGAAUGGUACCAAGUGCAAGCCAAUAUCCUCGAAGCCGUGUUCUGCCGUGCCUUCAGGAGCCAUCAUGGCAUGCUUGACCAUCCUGAUACUGGUCAGGCUACUGCCACAAGAUACUUUGGCCUCAACGUCAUGUCACCGCUCGUCCAGGGCUACGGAUUGGAUACCUACUUGAGGACGAAGGCCAACGCCGGUCCGGCUAGAUCGCCUGACUGUCAAAUCCGCCACUGGGCGGUCUUCAACCCAAAGCAGAAAAAGGGGGUGUCAGAUAGAUCUAGACGUCCCAUCUUCCAGCGUGACUUUUGUGGAGCCGUGCGGAGAGCGCUAGGGGAGAAAGCUGAGCCGGUACUCGACUACCUCCAGCUCGAUCUAGAGAUACUGGAUGAUACGAGGCUAGCCAAUACGCCCCCAUAUGUCGGAAACGUGAAAGCCCCCCUGGGAUUCGUCCUAGAUUACGAGAAAGUAUCGGCGGCACAGGACACUCCCUUGGAGCCGACUGACAGCCAAAUCAAGCAGCUUGUCCUUCCCUGGUCCCUCCGCAAAUGUCUAUUCACGGAUAAUAAUGUGAUAGCUUGGACAUACAACUUCAGGGCACAUACACAGCUGAAUCCCGGUGACCUUGCUAUGCUUGCUCGUAAUAAAAGGUCCAGUCAUGGUAACUCUCACAGAGCUAUGCUGGACCAGAUUCAUGCAAGAAUCAUUUUCUUGUGUGGGCCCCGUGCCGAAAAAGCAAUCCGUGAAGCCCUUAGAUGCCCAAUCAGAUAUACGUUGGAGCUGAGUGGAUUCGAGUAUCCAGUAUAUCUAGACGAUGCAGCGGAAUUUGACAAACGUCUGUAUAUAAGGAUCCCCGAGCUUCCCGCUGAGAUUUGGUCCAAUGAGCCCAAGCACUCGGUCAAGCUAGCGGAGGCCCUUCGAUUUGGCAUUAAUAUUCUGGGUCUGAAAAAUCUUCGGCCCUACUUCUUUGAGUCAAGCAGUGUGAUGUGGUUUAUACUCGGCCAAGCAAGAAGAGAGAGGCUGGGAGAGUUACCCAUGACAGUUGAAACAGUUGAUGAAGGAAUCAAACUCUGGCUGGCGCGAAAAGGACUUGGCGAAAAGGAGGACCUGGAAAAGAUCGAAUAUCUCGGCGGGUCUUUGAGUCGAGGACUGCUUAUGGUCCUUCAUGCGCUCUCAAGACGUGAGAAGGACGGAACAAAGGUCCCCCAAGCACGACUUCCAAGCAGUGGCUCGGAAUCCAAAGUCCGCUGCCAUGAGAAUUUCGAUGUCAGGAGGUACAGUGCUUUGACCGAGUUUGUUAACGACAAGGUUAAGGAGAGAGAGAGGAAGUAUACCGAUCUUAUUGCAAACCUGCCGCAAGGACACCCAGGUAUACCCUCUACCUUGAAUCCCAUACCUACUGUCGAGCGGGAAGCAUCACCAGGCUUACCGAAGUAUGAGGUGGUAGAUGAGGAUAACACCUCUGACGGGCAUGACUUGUUCGACAAUGAAGCGGCUGUUGCUCUCACUUCAUUUUCUCUCCUUGGCGAAAGGGAAGCAACCGCUGUCGGAGAAAUAGGAUCACUAUUACUCGAUCGUCAGACUUCAGCUCAUCACUCUGUCUGGAAAGGGUUGGAGAGACUGGGUCUGAAGAAACGCCUUGUCAACGAAAGCGCCCUCGAGCCUGAAAUCGCAGACUUGACAUCUCUAGUUGACUCUAUAGGUGAUCGGGAACUUAUGGAUCUUGAUAAAGCUCCUCCAUCGGAUCCAAUGGCGACCGAUUAUAUGAGGCGGCGAAGACAGACUGCUGGCCGGGGGAGCGAGGCCCGGAGGCGAAUCAACCCUAACAGUGGAGUGCGAAAUUGGCUAGACGAAGCAAGCUUGUUUAGAGACAAGGUGUACGAGUACACGUUUAACGACAAUACAAGGGGGAACAAUCGACAAAUUCGAAUAGGCCAUUGUCCUAUCUACCUCGACCGACAUGUUGACAUAGGUGAUGGGAGGUUUUGGAUCCGAAUUGAGAUUUAUGACGACGAAAAACGACACCCGAGCGUCUAUGCAACCUCUUCGACGGAGCAAGAUCCUGGAAAAAGGUUGGCCUUUUUGGUCAAAUACUACGAUUCCACGGGCCUUGAACAGAGCUUCUAUCCUCAGCAGAACGGCACAUGCGCACUUUAUAGGGCGAACUCCUUGGUAGAUAUCCUGCUGUAUCGAAAGUCAGCCCUGGAGAUACUUGAAACGCCUAGGAGGUUUCUCAGUAAACGUGGAGGUGGGGUUUAUACUAGUCAUCGAUAA